UUUUUAUUUAUUUUUUUUUUAUACUUUUAUCUCCCCUUAUCCCUUUUCUUUUUGCUCUUUUUUUCGAAAGCAAAUCGAUCGAUUUAUUCAUCCAACUUUGUGGUCUGAUCGUUUCCCUUCGCGUAACGUCACGUAAAUGCAAAUGUUCGUAAGGUACAAUUUAUACGUCUUGUAUGUACUAAAGUAUCGAGAAGAAAGCGGGAAAUUCAAUUUUCAUCAGGACGAAUACGUGUGCGGCGAGAAGGAGGAAGGACAUUGAAAAUAAGACCUGUGGAAAUUUAAUUAUCCGUCGACAGCAGUGAGAUUCGUGAUAUCUUCUUUCUUUCUUUCUUUCUUUCUUUCUUUUUUUCUUUUUUUUCCUUUUCUUGUUUUUUUUUUUUUUUUUCUUUGGCUUCUUUCUUACGUCCACCAAGAAGUUUUGCGUUUAAAGAAGAGGACAACCCCACGUGUGAGAAAUAUCCAUCUGUCUUUGAAGAUAAAUCUGCCGUUAUCAUCGCACGAGUAAAUAACCUCGGUGAUUAUGGCGCAAACUUAUAAUCAGAAGAAGAACGUUUAUAGCAUCGAUCAAAUUUUGGGCCACGGCAAGGACGAAGAUCAUGCAACAUCGUCCGACACCGUCGGCGAUAAUGGCGACACCGAGCUGGGACAUUUAAGCGAUCAUCAAAUGAGCGACGGUCUUCACGAUUCCUUGAAUCUCGGUGAGUCCGACAGGCCACGAAAGGUUCGUAGGUCAAGGACAACCUUUACUACUUAUCAGCUGCACGAGCUUGAAAAUGCCUUUGGGAAGACGCAAUAUCCGGAUGUUUUCACUAGAGAGGAACUGGCGAUGCGUUUGGAUCUAUCCGAAGCCAGAGUUCAGGUAUGGUUUCAAAAUCGUCGAGCUAAAUGGCGUAAGAAGGAAAAAGCUCUCGGAAGGGAUACAAGCUUUAUGCACGUCGAGCAAGGGGGUGUGAACGAGCUGUCCCUACACGCACGUCUACUCCAAUCGGCCGGUGGUGUACCAGGUGCGGAUCCAUCGGGUCCACCGAGUGGCGCCUUUCCGUGGUUCAUACCACCGGUUUUCCCACCCCCGUGGCCAGCAAGCGCACCAAAAUUACCACCGUUGCACGCGAUUCUUUCGCAAUAUAUAGGUCUACCAUUACCGCAGAAUUUGGCGUCUUUAAGCACAGUAUUACCUGUAGGUUUAAAUCCAGGAGCUUCUUCUCUCAAUCAUAGCAACGUCAAUGGUCAUACAUUGGGGAAUCAUUUGCACGGACAUCCAUUGAAUCUUGGUGUUCAAAAUUUACCCCAAAAUUUAAGCUCGAAACACGAGAAGGAGGAUGACUCGGCGUCGUCUGACGAUGAAAUCAGAAGACAAAGCGCGGAGGUACUCAGAGUGAAGGCUGAAGAAGUAUUACGUAAGGCAGAUAAUUAAUAAACGAAUUAGAAUGAUUUUUUCUUUUUUUUUUUCUCUUGAUGGUUAUCGCUCGAUGGCUGGGAAUAUGAAAAAAAAAAAAAA